CCUCACUUCUUCCUGGCUCUCCUCCACUUAAUCAAAAGUCCUGAACCGGAUACUGUACUUUUGGGGGUCACACGCUUAUCUCAGAGACUGAUGCAACUGUGUCGUGUUUUUGCAGAACUUACCGAAACACAUGAGCACAGAAUUCACCAUCCUAAAUUCAGGAGCAGGAUCCUCUGACAACAAAUCAGAGACUCCAUGACAGAGCCAGCUUGCCACCAACAUUUGCCUACUUGGUUUUAAACUAUUCUUCAAUUAUCAUGUACAUAGUUGUACACAUGCCUACCGUUUGUUGAAUAUUGAAUCCGUGUUCUUUUCCAUAAUACCUUUUUAAAAAUCCUUUCAACCCUUUAAAGUAGGAACUCCAGUUCGAACUGAGGAUCUGAGGCUAAAGAGGGAAGUGGUUUGCUCUUGUUAAAAGCAGAGCCACUGUAGUUAAGCACAGAUCCCAGAAAACUGAUCUUUAUCCAUCCCAAAGUGAGGGUGGAUCAGUCCUUUAUUCCAUUGGACAAAAACUAAGCAAUAAAACCCAUUCAACCCUGAUGGUAGCUCAAGGGACUAAUUCUGAAACUUUUACCCCUUGUGGUACCUAAACCCCUUCCUGUGCUAAGGUUUCUUAAAAUGAUAUUUCAGAUACAGCAUCAGCAACAAUUAUCUGCAAAGUUUAGUGUAAAUAGGUUUAUUAUAGCCUACAUGUAUUUUGCCUGAGCCCUGUUAACUUCUCCUUGGAGAGGUGUACCAGAUGAACAGACAGUGAUAUGGGCUUCACAAGGGAAGAAUUCAGGAAAAGCAAUGUGAAGUCUUUCAGCUGGAAUAAGAGCUUUGGAAGUGGUCCAGGGUCAGAGUGCACAUGGCCAUUCGCUGGUAAGGAAUAGAAUUUGUGAGAUUGGAUUUAUUCUCUCCAUUCUUCUGAACCAUGAUGGGAAAAUGGGAAGCAAAACUCAAGCACAUUGAAGAGCGAGCGUCUCUGUAUGAGAGGAAGCCGUUGCCCUCGUUAUACAGACCAAGAUUGUCCAAGCCAGAAGAGCCCCCCUCCAUCUGGAAGCUCUUUCCUCGACAAAAUCAAGCCUUUAAUUUUGUUAAAAGCUGUAAGGAGGAUGUUCACGUAUUUGCUCUGGAAUGCAAAGUGGGAGAUGGACAACGUGUUUACCUUGUAACAACCUAUGCUCAACUUUGGUUUUACUAUAAAUCCCGAAAAACUCUCUUGCAUUGUUACGAAGUUAUUCCAGAAAAUGCUGUGUGCAAGCUUUAUUUUGAUUUGGAAUUUAACAAAUCGGCCAAUCCGCAAGCUGAUGGGAAGAAGAUGGUUGCAUUUCUCAUAGAGUAUGUUUGUAAAGCACUUCAAGAGUUGUACAGUGUUCAUUGUUCAUCUGAAGAUGUUUUCAACUUGGAUUCUAGCACUGAAGAAAAAUUUAGCUGCCAUCUAAUAUUUCAGCUCCAUGAUGUGGCAUUUAAAGAUAACAUUCAUGUUGGUAAUUUUGUGAGAAAAAUCUUCCAGCCUGCUCUUCACUUCAUUGCCAAGGAAGAUGAUGAUAGGAUUCCAGAGAUAAUGGACCAUGGAGUUUCCCAUGUAUCAUUUUCUAAUGUAUCAUUAAAACAAGAAAUUUCUUUUAAUAAAAUGUCCAUAGAUAAAGCUAUAGAAGAGAGAUGGACAUUGAACUCAGAGACCCCAGAGAAGCUACGGUCACCUGAGCAAAGUGGCCCUGAUCUUUCAUUUUUAGUUGUGAAGAAUAACAUGGGAGAAAAGCAUCUUUUUGUGGAUCUAGGAGUUUAUACAAGAAACAGAAACUUUCGGCUGUAUAAAUCAUCAAAAAUAGGAAAGUGUGUGGCUCUGGAGGUCGCUGAAGAUAACAAGUUUUUUCCUAAACAGUCAAAAGAUAUUUCUCAAGAAAACCAGUAUUUUCUCUCUUCCUUGGUUAGCAACAUCAGAUUCUCAGAUACUUUACGAAUUCUUACAUGUGACACAUCUCAGAAUAAAAGAAAGCGAGCUGAGUGUUUUAACAACACUGGUAUUUCAGCAGAAACCAUUGAAGGUUUCCAGUGUUCACCCUAUCCUGAAGUUGAUCAAUUUGUUCUUUCUUUGGUGACUAAAAAUGACAUUAAAGGAGGAAUUCGGCGUUGGAAUUACUUUUUCCCUGAAGAGUUACUGGUUUAUGAUAUUAGUAAAUAUCGUUGGUGUAAAAACAUUGGAAGAGCCCACAAGAGUAAUAAUAUUAUGAUCCUGGUUGAUCUGAAAAAUGAAGUUUGGUAUCAAAAAUGUCAUGACCCUGUAUGUAAAGCAGAAAACUUCAAAUCUGACUGUUUUCCAUUACCUGCUGAACUAAGUCUCCUGUUUCUUCUCAAAGAGGAAGAGUUUACUUCUGAUGAAACAGAUGAAAUCAGCCACAGAGAGACCAAGAAUUCUCAAAAGCCAUCAUCCAGUAAACUGCCACCUGGUGGACUUUCUGAUGCUGACUGGGAUAACGACAAAGAUGAUGCUUGUUUGUUAGAAGCUACAGAAGAUGUGGAAUUAGCUGAAGCUGCAGAGAACAGUCUUCUCGGUUACAGUAGUGCAGUUGAUGAUAUUCCCGAUGAACUAAUUGUAGAAGCAUUACAAGAGUAGCUAUGAACAAAGCUUACACAACUAGCUACAAUUUGCCUAACGUGAGAUCUGAUAAUAUAAACAUUAAAUUAGGGCUCAGGGUAGAGCCCAGUGGUGGAACAUUUGCUUUGUAUGUGCAAGGCUCUGAAUUUAAUCUCUAACACCAUUUAAAAAAAAAAAUCAAAUUAUAUUAACUUAUUAUUAAACAUGUUUAUAUCGUU